AUUUUUCAUUUAAAAAAACAGGCUCCCCACUCACACAAAGACUGAGCAAAUUUUUUCGGUGCGUGAGAGAGAUUGAUGGCUGGGAAGGAAGCGAACCGGAUAUUUGUUGGAGGAUUGUCGUGGAACGUCACGGAGCGACAGCUCCACGAUGCUUUCGGCCGAUUCGGCAAAAUUGUCGAAUGUCAGAUCGUGAUGGAAAGAGAUACAGGCCGUCCACGUGGAUUUGGGUUCAUUACAUUUGCAAAUCGUCGAGGAAUGGAAGAUGCAAUCCUGGUGAUGCAUGGACAGGAAUUUGGUGAUCGGGUCAUCUCAGUGAACAAGGCGAACAAGGCCCAACAAAAAAUGGUAGGAGAAGAUUUAGAGCAUGGAUAUUGGGGAGGAGGCUACUCAUCUGGUGGAAGGGGAAGACCUGGAGGAGGAGAUUGGUCUACUGCACAAGUUGACUGUUACAAUUGUGGGUAUGCAGGGCAUCGGGCCCGAGACUGCCCCUUAGCAGGUGGAGAAGAUUUAGAUCAUGGCUAUAGGGGUGGAGGCUACUCGUCUGGUAGAAAGGGAAGCUAUGGGGGAGGAGAUAAGUCUACUGGGAAAGAUGGCUGUUUCAAGUGUGGGCGCCUAGGGCAUUGGGCUCGGGACUGCCCCUUAACAGGUGGAGAUGAUUUAGAGCAUGGCUAUAGGGGAGGAGGCUACUUGUCUGGCGGAAGGGGAAGCUAUGGGGGAGGAGACAGAUCUGCUGGGAAAGAUGGUUGUUUCAAGUGUGGGCGCCCAGGGCAUUGGGCCCGGGACUGCUUCUUAGCAGGUGGUGAUCGAGGUGGGGGUGGAGGUUUAUUUUCUUCACAUUCUAGGUUUAGAGGGGGUGGUGGCCGCGGGGAUCGCUACAUAGAUGAUCAUGAUGAUGGUGGUCACGAUGGAGAUAGGGAUCAUUUUGACAACAUAGAGGACAACUACGGGAGUCGUGAUCAUCUCCAUGUUGGUGACAGGCAAGAGGAUCUGUUGGGUGAUUUCAACCUUCAAGAGAAAGAGAUGCUUCGCCUUAUGCAAGAAGGAAUGCGCAUUAAGCAAGAAAAGCUUCGAUUGGAACAAGUGAAAGAGGAAGAAAGAAUUAUGCUGACAGAUACAAGUGGCAUGUCUCAAAUGCAACAAAAAUAUUAUCAGCGACGCAAAAAGGAAAUCCUUCAAGGUCGAAGUAGGAAUUCCUAGUUAGUCAAUGAUAUACUUCGUCGGAUACUGUGCAAGAGGAAAUGUUGCCCGGAGCCAUGCUAAAGUUUAUAGAGGACCUAUUUAUUUAUAUUCAGGAGCCUCUACUUGAAGCCCAAAAAUGAAAAGAAAAGAAAAACUCUAUUUAUGUUCUAAACUUUUAAUAUUGUUUUAAUUGAACAAAACAGUGAAGGGUUGAUUCUGCCA